AUGCCUACUACAUCAAAUUGCGCUAUGCUCUCUACACCUGUGCACAAAGAGCAGAACAGCCAAAAAACUUUCAAAGUACAUACUCAAUCGAAGGAAAACUCAAAAGAAAACUCAUUAAGCAACUCUUCAAUACAAAAAAUUAAACUUCCAAAAGAAAGUCAGAAAAGAACUCGUUCAAGUCCUGAAAUUCGUCGUUCAAAAAAUGCUGAACAAACUAAAAAACAAGCUAAAUUAGAUAGUUACUGGCUAGACAAUCCAAGCCGUUCCGUAAAUAGAUUUUCAGUACUAGAAACAGAAGAAGAAGAAGUUGAAGAAGUGACACAACAUGCGGAAAAACAGCCCAAACCUCCACCAAUAUUCGUAGAUAGGGUGAAUAACAUAAAUCCUCUCAUAAAUCUUUUGUCCUCACAAGUAGAAAACAAUUUUGAGCUAAAAGUUUUAAACAACGAAAAGGUAAAAAUCCAAGCAAAAACAACUGAGUCUUAUGUUACAAUAGUAAAGCAACUCGAAUCGAAAAAAACCGAAUUUUAUACCUACAAGCCUAAAGAUGAACGAAAUUUUAAAGCUAUCUUGAGAAAUAUGCAUUCGUCUGUCAAUACCGAGGACAUUAAAACAGCUCUGGCGGAAAUAGGCCAUAAAGCUCUAAACGUGUUCAAUAUGAAACACAGAGAAUCGAAAAAAACCACUUCCUCUCUUCAUUGUAGAACUUGA